GGGCCUUAUACUCCCUCCAUCCACAAUUUUGAUUACAAUUUUUUUUCUCCUCCUCUCUCAGCUAACUUGUGUUUAUUUGUGUAUCAAUCUUUGAGCAGGCAAACCAUGGCGGAACCAAAGCCUGUUAUAGGGCUAACGUGGGAGCCGAAGCUGCCCGGACUUCCAGUCCCUGCCGACAAGCAUAAGCUCCACCAUUCCAAGCCCCCUGAAACUACUAGCUCCGCCCUUUACAUGCCUCGUUCGGAGCUGGUCGAUGGUCUCUUCGUGCCACCUAUAGAUCCCAAAAAGCUUAGGAUUUUACGCCGCAAAGAGGUCAAAGACACUACUGGGAAGAACUGGUUUGACAUGCCUGCUCCGACUAUUACUCCGGAGCUAAAACAUGAUCUUGAGAUAUUGAAGAUGAGAGAUGCUUUAGAUCCAAAGAAGCACUAUAAAAAAGGCGCUUCAAAAUCUAAAGCACUUCCCAAGUAUUUCCAGGUGGGUAUUGUGAUAGAGCCCGCAUCAGAAUUCUAUUCCAGUAGACUUACCAAGAAGGAGAGGAAGGCAACCCUUGCAGAUGAACUGGUUUCUGAUGCCCACCUUGCGGAAUAUAGGAAGCGCAAGGUUAGGGAGAUUGAAGCACAAAGGCGGCCACAUGUUGUGGCUAAGUGGAAGCACAAAGGCAAUCAGUCGGGGAGGCGUACAAAGCCAAAGCGGCAUUGAUCAGACCAAACCUUUGCUGCUCUGAUGAGCUUAAACUUCAUGGCUUUGAUUUGACCUGGACAAGUUAUAUAGAACUUGUUUUGCCUAUGGCUUCUGUUAUGAUGUGCCCUAACUUCACAUCAAACAGGUGAAUUUUUUGUCUCUAAAAAAAUACUUAGGAGUUUGUUUUAGUUGUACUGUUGUUUUAACUCCAUAUAUUAGACACUUGAUAUGUUUUCCUCUGUAAUAAAGUACUCCUGUCCCAAAAAAGAGUGAAUGCUUUAUUUUUUAGAUGUUCCUGCCAAUUUGUUGUGCCUGUUUCGUCUUAUAAAAGCAUUACCCCUCUAUACAUAAUGAAUAAAUCUAUUUGUAUCCC